AUGAAGAUGAAGAUGAAGAUAAAGAUGAAGAUGAACACAAUGAUUGUUUUCAUUUUCACUCUCCUGUUUCUCUCCACUCCAUCAUCAUCACCCUCAGUCCAAUCUGACCUUCCAACUGUCUGCAUAAUCGGAAGCGGCAUCGGCGGCUCCUCCGUCGCUCACUUCCUCCGCCAAUACUCCGAUCAAUCUCCUCCUCCCAUCGGCCAAAUCCGAAUCUUCGAACGCCGCGGCCGCGUCGGAGGCAGGAUGGCUACUAUCUCCCUCGCUGGCGACACCUUCGAAGCCGGAGCUGUCAUGCUCCACCCCAAGAACUACCACGCCGUUAACUUCGUCAAAUUUCUCAAUCUGACCGUCAAGCAGGAUGAUGAAGACGACUCCUCUUCUUUCGGUAUUUGGGACGGCCAUAAAUUCGUCUUCAAAACCCUAGACUCUAAUUCCAAGUUCCCUUUUUUCCAGAAGAUCGUAUCGCUACUCAAUUCAUUCCGCAUGUUCUUUCGUUAUGGAUUCUCUCUCUUCAAAAUGAGUAACUUUGGCGAGAGUGCAAUGGAUAGAUUCUUAAAUUACUAUAAAAGCUGUGAAUCAAGGCCAGUCUUUGAGACUGUGGAUGAGAUGCUUAAAUGGGCUGGUUUGUAUAAUCUCACCACCAGGACAUUGCAAGAGGAACUGGUAGAUGUUAGGUUGUCUCAUUUGCUGAUACAAGAGCUUGUUACAAUAAGAGCCCUAACUAUUGUAAUCCAAUAUGCUCUUCUCGUGGUAGUGGCUUUGGUUCUACCUAAGGUUGCACAUACUAGUCAUGAAAUUGCUAACCUAUCUAACAAAAUAAACUCAAGUUUGUAUGCUAUAUUUUCUGAUUGUGGGUAUACUUCCAAUGAAUCUACAGAAGUUAGGUCCAAAGAUCUUAUAUUGUGUUUCAAUUUGAUACUUGAUGUGACCAAGAGGGGUGUCCUUCUGUGUUGGGACCGUCGGGUGGUGGAGAAUAAGGAUGUAGAGGUGGGGGCUUUUUCGCUAUCUUGUUUGUUUCGCUAUGUUGCGGAUGAUUAUCGUUGCACCUUCAUCGGGGUUUAUGGCCCCGGAGUUCCUUGGUGUGUGGGAAGUGACUUCAAUGUGGUGCGGUGCAUGGAGGAGAAACAGGAGGCAAGCUUAGUGUCAAGAUCUAUGCGAGCUUUUUCUUCAUUUAUUGAUGAGAUGGAAUUGGUGGACUUGUCGCUUCAGGGGGGUGGUUAUACUUGGUCUGGGGAUAGGGCAAUGUCCCGUAUUGAUAGGUUUCUGGGGCUAGUUGAGAAAGAGGACAAGGGUACCUUGUCUGGGAAGGAUAUGGCUCGUCGGGAUGCGGCUCGAAAGGAAUUUGGACACGUGGCUCGUAUGGAAGAGAUUAGUUUCCACCAGAAAUCUAGAUGGGAAGAUUCUAUGGUUUGGAUCUGUUCCGGCUCUAAGUGGCUUUUUUCUGUAUCUUCCUACUAUGGUGCGCUUGUUCAUGCUGAUGCGGUUCGUUUCCUUGGAAAUGUGUCUGUGUCAGGCAUAUACUGGGAAUCACGAGAAUCAAAUAUGGCCAAAGUAUCAGCAUCAGUGAACUUGCUGGUGCGGUUUCGUUGGCAGGAUCUGGGGAAGGGUGGUGGGCAGUUGAAGGAGGGAACUGGCAGAUGGCUGUUGGAUUAA